AGCCUUAAAUCGGGAUUUGUUGGCCAUUCGUCAGGCCUCUGGAUCCGAAGACCCAUUUCCCCAGCUGGACGUGGCAGUGGAGAAGCUCACCCAGGCCAAGCGACGCGUGGUGGUGGUGGCCAACUUGUUGCAGGGGGCGCAGGACCGCCUAAAUCGAGUCCAUCAGAGCUGUUUGAAAGAGACGACUCGUAGCCGCGGCCAACUGGAGACGGCGACUAGAAACCAAUAGUCCCUUUGACCCCUUGAGCCACCUUGACGACCGGCAUCAUGACGUCCCGGGGUCAAAAGAGUCGAACUGGUGGUGCCAACGCCACCAUCGAAAUUGAAAUUGAGCGAGCUCGGGAAGAGUCCAACUGGAGCCAUGUGGUGGUCAUGGCUGAGCAGCUUCGUCAGCGACCCGACCGCCAAUUGGAGACGUUGGGAAAUUUUCUCGUGGGUGAGGCUAAAUUGGAAAACUUCCUCGAGGAAUACCCGCCCAAGGACAAAAAUGUGGCCAAGGCCAGAGAAGGGUUGAUCGAAGCCAAAGAUUUUCUUACCAAGACCAUCGGUGAUGACGCCAAACGGCUCGGGGUCCACCUUGACUCCUACAUCCUCUUGGGCAAGCUCAACUACGCCAUGGGCAAUCAUUCGGACGCUCUCAAGUUCUAUGAGCGAGCUCAAUUGGACACAUUGGAAGAGAAACAGCUACCGGCUCGGUCCCUCAAGAUCAUGGCCGAGGCAUUUGCUAUUAAAGCCAUGUGUUACGAAAAAACCGGUACUGCGGCUCGCACUAGUAGCAAAGCCAAAACUGCUGAGCGUGAAGCUGCCAUUUUGAAAAGUUAUGAAAUAGCCGGAGAUUUGACCUUGUUGUUUCUGCAGACGGCAGACAAAGCUCCUCGGGUAACUCAAAGCACGUGGUCAGUUACAUCAGUCUCUUCUUCGCCCGUUCCACCUCCCUCCCAUUCAACUCAAAAACUGAGCCCAAUUCUGGAAAUGGCAUUACUCAAGGCUCCGGCUUUGAAUCUGAAGGCUGGCAAUAAAUUGACUGCUGUUCGCUUGUUUCGCACCAUGUUGCAAGCAGAAGAGUCCGAAUCAACCAAGGAAAUUAGGCGAAAUGUUUGUUGCAAGUUGGCCGAGAUUCUCUUGCAUCGGAUGAGUGAUGCGAAAUAUGUGAAGCCGGGUAAUGAUUCCUCUCCCAAACGAGCCAUGGGAGCCCUCAAUUCCAAGCUGGGGCCCGCUUCCACGGAAAGUCCAUGGAAGCCUCGGAAACAUGCGGGUAAUAACCUGUACACGCCCAAGAAUAAGCACGAAGAGACGCUCCUGUUGUUGCUCCUGAGUGAAAAUAUGGCGCGUAAAGAUGCCAUUCUUAGUCAAGCUCCUGAGUUCUUCGAAAUGAGAAGUACCAAAUUCCGCGAUGCCAUCAUUGCUUACGAUUUGACCGCCAUUGCACUGUCCAGAAUUCGAAACUUCCACAUUCUCACGCGCAUGUUGGAGAAUUCCAUGAAGUUCAGUUUCAAUGAGCCACAUACAUGGACCCAAUUUGGACUUUGCUUAGCAACGGAAAAUAGGUUUUUCCGGUCGUUGCAAAUCUUUCGCGAGCUGGCCCAAAGAAACCGGGCUGAGGCAGGCUCAUGUCUAGUGAUGGCCAAGUUCUGUUACGAACGUCUUCAGCUAUAUGAAGAAGGGUUGCUUUGGUCCGAGCGAGCCUCGAAGAAAGAUAGUGUGACUUCGGAUCAAUUUCUGAAGGCCCGUUGCCAUGUCUACAUGGGGAUUGGAAACCUUCUGAUGAUGAAGACUACGGAGAACCAUAUGACACGGACGCAAUAUCUCGACAACGCAGAGAUGCAUCUCAAAUCGGCGGACGAAGCGGACAACCAAGACUUCCUUGUCCAGUUCUAUUUGUCAUAUUUCUACGCUCACGUUCGCGAAGUCAGCAAAGCGUUUGAGCAUGUCAAACGCGCAUUGUAUCUGAAUCCUGAGCAUCUUCCUUCUCUGCACCUCAUGACGUUGUUGCUCACGUCCAAAAAAGAGUAUGAAGAGGCCCUGGACAUUUCCAACGUUACCCUUGAAGAAUAUCCCGAUAAUUUGCCAAUCAUGUCACUGAAAGUUCGCCUGGAAGAACUUGUUCAUGGCGGAGAAGCUGCAUUGAAAGUUGCCAAAGCAAUGCUGGAACAGUGGCAAGUAGCUUGUGAACAGUUCUCAAACGAUGAGGGCUCCCAAGAAACUGGUGGCAUGCCCAACCAUAACCUAAGCAUCCUCCCCAACACUGCAUUGGCCUUAAGUUCGGUCGCCAACGGAUCCUACGACAUUAACGGCUACGCCACGAUCGGAAGAGGGAGCAACCCCGCCAUGUCUACGGGAUAUGAUGCAUUUUCUGAUAAAGACUCUGUCUCGUUGCAUGCUCACUCAAUUACUGCCUCGCACGUUGAGAAGACAUUGUCCGAAGUGGCCAGUUCGUUAUCAUCGCCUUUUCCUCGACCUUCACCUCAAGAUCCGAGUUACACUCAAAUGAGAAUCUGGCUCCUCACUGCCGAGCUUCAUCUUCGUCAGCAUCGAUUGUUGGAUGCCGAAGCGUGUGUCAAUGAGGCUCGCCAAUUAUCACCCCUGAGUUAUCAUCUGAUGUAUGUGAAAGGCUUGGUGUAUGAGUUUAGAGAGGAGUUUGAGAAUGCUCGCCAGUGUUUUGAAAACAGUUUGGGAAUCAAUCCCACCCACGUGGCCAGUCUGCAUCAUUUAGGAAGAGUAUACCACAUUCUUGGCUUUCAUCGAUUGGCUGAACAAUCACUUAAAGUGGCGGUGCGAAUCGAUCCUAGUAAUGAAUACAUGUGGGAACUUUUGGGCGAUGUACAAGAAUUCAUCGCUCAGGAUACCCUCCAUCAUGUUCAAAACGCUUUGGGUCCCGAACGAGUGCUGGAGGAAACGGAGAAGACGCCAACGGAAAUUACCCAACAAACUCUCCUCGACGAAGCCAGCCGAAUAUUCGGUAAUGCCUCCGAGUGUCACGCUAUAGCCCUCUCUCUCCAUGGGACCAGUCCGGUUUUACCUUUCACCACUGUGCCUCUUUGCUUUGAGUGAAUUCAGUUGAGGAAGGAGAUGAGGAGCCGAUAUGAUGAUUGAUUGAAUUGGUUUGAUUAUUUGUCAGCUUUUAUGAUAUGAAUAUGGUAUGCCUUGGAAUGUUUUUCUUAGUUUCUCUACACCUUUGAUCAUUGUCAUCCCAAAUAUAACAUUAUGGUUAAUUAGAA